UGGUGGGACCAAUGGUGAUUGGACCUCCAUGCUGCCAGUUUUCCCUGUGUCAAGGUGUUCAAACAUCCUGUAGGUGAAGCCUGGUUAAAAUCUCUCUAAGCAAAACCUAGAUCUGGUCCCCAACUUCCUCGUCUGAAGAUACAUUGCUUGCUUUUAAACGCAAACUGGACUCCCCCUCCCAUUGCAAGACAGUAUGGCCCUGACCACAGAGUUGAGGACACAGCUACAACUGAGAGAGGUGGCAGGGAUCCCCCUGCAGGCUAGCACUGUGGACAACUGGAGCCAGAUCCAGAACUUUGAGGCCAAGCCAGAUGAUCUCCUCAUCUGUACCUACCCUAAAUCAGGGACCACGUGGAUUCAGGAAAUUGUGGACAUGAUUGAGCAGAAUGGAGAUGUGGAGAAAUGUCAGAGAGCCGUAAUUCAACACCACCAUCCAUUCAUCGAGUGGGCUCGGCCACCCCAGCCUUCUGGGGUGGAAAAAGCCAAAGCAAUGCCCUCUCCAUGGAUACUAAGGACUCACCUUCCAAUUCAGCUCUUGCCUCCAUCUUUCCGGGAAAAUAACUGCAAGUUCCUUUAUGUGGCUCAAAAUGCCAAAGACUGCAUGGUUUCCUACUACCAUUUCCAAAGGAUGAAUCAAAUGCUUCCUGACCCUGGCACCUGGGAAGAGUAUUUUGAAACCUUCAUCAAUGGGAAAGUGGGCUGGGGUUCCUGGUAUGACCAUGUAAAGGGAUGGUGGGAGAUGAAAGACAGAUACCAGAUUCUCUUCCUCUUCUUUGAGGACAUAAAACGGGACCCAAAGCAAGAAAUUCAGAAAGUGAUGCAGUUCAUGGGAAAGAGCUUGCAUGAAACAGUGCUAGAUAAAAUUGUCCAAGAGACGUCAUUUGAGAAAAUGAAAGAAAACCCCAUGACAAAUCGAUCUACAGUUCCCAAAUCCAUCCUGGACCAGUCCAUUUCCCCCUUCAUGAGAAAAGGAACUGUGGGGGAUUGGAAAAACCACUUCACUGUGGUUCAGAGUGAAAGAUUUGAUGAAAUCUACAGACAAAAGAUGGAAGGAACCUCAAUAAAUUUCUGCAUGGAACUCUGAACAAGAUGUACAUAGAAAGGUAGAUGACAAGAAUGGGGAAGCUAUCUUCAAUCCUUCAGGCAAGCCCAAAGAAUCUCUGAAAGCAUAUUGUAAAAAUAUACAAUUGUGAUACCACUGUCUCUGUGAUUAUUACCAACCUGAUUUUUCAAAAGGAUCAUGUCUAAUGCUUAUUUUCUCACCAUCCUUUCCAAAGUAAGAAAUAAAAUGGCUUAAUAAAUAAAAUAAAAUAAAAUAAAAUAAA